ACCUAGGUUAGGGUACUAGGUAGGGUACCUACUACUGUGUAUCCCACUACGGGACCCACUGUAUGCUUAUGUAACCUUGGGACCCACUUUGUGAACACAUAUAUUCUAGAUCCUCCGGGACAUUAUCUUAGUCUACUCUUAAUAGACCAUGUUCCCAAAUGCUACCGACUUAUAUGGAUUCUGUGAUCUCAGGACACGGAGCCCCAAGUCCCAGCAUAAGGAACUAAGGAAGCACAAAUAAUUAUUUGUGACGACAGAACGUCAAUAAUUAUUAAGUCCAAUUGAUCAAUUGCACCUACAUACACAGAUCUGCAGACUGCAGAUCACUCCAAUCACCACACACCACACUACUCCACACACACACAAUCCGCUUCACUAACCCAUCUCAUUUCAUCAAUUUCAUCCAAUCCGCUUCACUAUUAAUCGAACCCCACCUCGUCCCCGUUUAUUGUUUUUAUCAUGGCCAGUUCUUCAGCCCCUGCGGCUCAGAGCCAACCCCCACCAGGUGAUGAGAGUGACCUGGAGGAGGAGCUCGAGAAACUGACCGGCCCUCGAUCCGACAAAAGAGUAGCCGACGCCAACAACCGUAUCGACCAUAUGGGUCGACAAGUUGUGCGCCGAUUUGAUGAGAUCCAGGAGGCUCUCACGCCACUAAUCAGUCUUGACCAACAGGUGGCAGAAGUCAAGGGCCAGUUGGGCCAGAUUUUUGACAUUUUAGCCCGCCUUGAUCCUGAUGGUGGACAAAGAGGCGAACCCCGCCCACCACCCUUGGGCCAAAGAGGCGAACCCCGCCCACCCCAGCCACAGCCACAGCCACAGCCACAGCCACAGCCCUCAGCCUCUGUUCCUCAGCCACAACAUCCAUUCUUUUUUCCCACUCCUGCCGCGUGUGAAAAUGACGAGCGCCUUCCUGAUGGUAAGAUAAACCUACAACGAGUUCAAAUAUCAGGAACCGCCCUCACUCCACAGGAAAAGAAAGUCCGAGAUGUGUGGCCAGAGGCAACCCUUCCAUGGGAAGCAGCCGGCUUCGGCCGCUGCGAGGCGAAGAAUAAAGUCGUCAUACCGUCGACUUCCAGAAUACUCUGGGCAGAUCAUACCGUAUUCGACAAGCUCUCAGACAUCCAGAACCGUUUGAAGAUCGCUCUCGUUCCAUAUGACCUAUGGGCAACGAGAAUGUCGACCGAGAUCGGUGGAGAUUUCCAGGCGAUCGCCGUGUACCUGCGCACCAACCCGACCACAUGGGUCACAUUCCUCGAGUGCAUCAUCCAGAUCCUGGAUGAAAACCACACUAUUUGCAGUCCAAUGACCACAUUCGCAACCUUGCUACCCUUCCAAAAUGAGAGCAUGCUUAACUUCAUGCGGAGACUGAGAGAAGCAUUCUAUAAACUCCCGCAGUACACUCGAAACGGAUACAACUGCAGGGAGAUCUUGAUCAACGUACUGAAGACAAAUGCACCAAGCAUUUGGAUCCCACUCAAGUUCCAUGUCUCAGAUCUUAAUACAGCCCAGGCUAUGGAGGAGGCAGUACGACUGGCGGGAAGUAUCACGCACCAGGCGAUUGAACCGAAGAUUUACGGAAGCCCUGCGGCAACAGUUCAGCUGCAAGGUCGAGCGGCUCCAUUUUACCACAUGGAGAUAACAGGGGCAACCCCAACGACGCCGGGAGUUGCAAAAAUACUCCAGCGAGAUGCGACUGACACCAUUCCCGACAGCGCUCGCAAGUCGACAAUCUCCGACCCAAGGACUGACGACCGAAAGGUCGGAACGACCUCGGAGGAGGGUUAUGCAGCAAAGGAGGGCACCAUCUGUUUCAACUGCGGGAAGAGGGGUCACUGGGCAAAGGAUUGCAAACAGAAGAGAGGUUACCAGAACAGAAACCCCAGAAACACCCCCGAUCGAAGAGGGCGGCCGAAUCAGUCAAGCCAGGCAGGCCAACCGGUGACCUUCAAAGGGACAUUAUACCGGGAGGCCGUCCGCAGAAUGAGCGGGAUGAAGUCCAACGUGAAGCAGCUCUCCAAGAGAUCCUUUUUUGCAGGUAACACGGAAGACAGUGCACAUGACGACAACACCGUCGAGCUAUCGCCGGACUCGGGCGAUGAUUCGGACACUAUCGAUCAACAGCUGUCACAGCUGUUCGACACACCCUCAGAAGAAGAAGAGGAACAGUGAGACAGCCGUGUCCACUUAGUGGAAGUGGGCACGGCCGAGACGUCGGAAAGACCUCCACCGCAACGACACAAACCUAUCCGUGAAGGAUAUGGCGAGUCACAUAACCUAUUUCAAGCC